UCGCAUCACCACACUUUCCUGUCCUGUCUUGCACAUCCCGUUCAACGACAGCACAUAUCAGACAAAAUGGCCCCCGCUGCCGGUGGAAAGAAGCAAAAGAAGAAGUGGUCCAAGGGCAAGGUCAAGGACAAGGCCCAGCACGCCGUCAUCCUCGACAAGACCACUUCCGAGAAGCUCUACAAGGAUGUCCAGUCCUACCGCCUGGUCACCGUCGCCACCCUCGUCGACCGAAUGAAGAUCAACGGUUCGCUGGCCCGACAGUGCCUCGCCGACCUCGAGGAGAAGGGCAUGAUCAAGCCCGUCAUCACUCACAGCAAGAUGAAGAUCUACACCCGUGCCGUCGGUGGUUCUGACUAA